AUGAAAACUGCUUCACUUUUAUUGACACUUGGUGAAUGUUUGACAACACCCGAUGCAAUUCGUUGUGCAUCAAUGACACGAUCACCCUAUCAUAUUGAAGAACAAUUAUCUGAUGCAAUCACAGAAUUUCAAAAACAAUCAUCAAAUUCAUUCCAAUCAAUAAAUGAAGAAUUACCUGAACUUUUUGAAGAUAAUAUAAUAAUUUAUAUGACACAUUUUUUUAAACACUUCUUGCUUAUGAUCAUCCAACAUUUCAUUAUUGCUCUUUAUGCAGAUAAUUCUUGUGAUGAUUUUAAACCAUUUGCACAACAAUUUGAUCUUUAUUAA